AUGGCAAUCGGACCACUGCCAUCCGACGACUUAGUCCUCGAGUACAAUUUGCUGCACCUCGUGGACGAUGGAGACAGUGCGUCUGGCAACAUGUACACUGGAACGCCCACGUCUUCCGCGGCCGGUGCCCACGUGGACGACCCACUGCCCAAUUGCGCUCUGGGCCCAAGUCGCAUGUCGGCAGCGCCUUCCGCGUCGUGUGCGGCGUUCGCCAGUGCCCCAGGGAGCGCCUGCUGCUCGUCCGCUCUUUCGGUGGUCCACACGAAAGAAGGCGAGACCAUCACGCCGGACGAAGUUGCUGCGUUCCUAUUGGACGGCGAGCAGUUCCUGCACGACUUGGACAAAGUGGAUACACUGGACUGGACGGAUGUGAAUCAGACGCAUCAGAUGGACAUCGAGCCCAGUGAUGGGGUCAUCGAUGAGCUCGAGACGUUCACCGACUUGGAAAUGGAGUCGUCGCCGUGUCCGAGCACGUGUCCGAGUUCCAUGGGCGGACGGUGGAGCGUUGUCGACGCAGAUGAGCUCGAGGGCGUGGGGUACCAGUCCAUGGGCAUGACGGAGAAGUCGGGGACGAAGGGGAUGGGGGAAGAGGCGGCAAUUGAACUGGAACAUCCAGUCGAUGGGCUGUCGAGGGAAGGCGGACGACCUUCUGUGUCUCGGCCUCUGCUUGGCCGCGCUAUGGAAUUGAUGAUGGGCGUACCGGAAACGGUGUCGCACAGUGGUUUGAGUAGUGGUGUAUCCGUUACACCAUCAUCUUGUAUACCAGAGGAGGAGGAGGAGGAGGAGAUGGGCGACGAGGAGAUGGACGAGGAGGACGAAAUGGAGGACGAGAUUAACUUGCUGGCGAAAGAAGUGAAAUACCUGGACGCUCAGAAGGACUUUUUGCACUCUCGUGCUAAGUCAAGUCGCGUUCGACGCAAGAGUGUGAAGCAACGCAGCUCGUGUGGUAAUCACCGGUCGACGCUGGCAAAAAGCCAAGAGAACAAUCAGCUUUUGAACGAACUCGUUGCGCAGCAAAAGGUGUACCAGGACAAUUUCAAGGCUAUGUUGGCGUUCGCUCCAGUAGUUGACGUGCGUAUGGCUUUGAUGACUCCCAUUGAGUCGUACAUCCGGCUUGGCAAGGACUUUAAUGAGCGGAGAGAAACCAUCUUAUCCCUGCGUGAAGAGAAGCUUGACAUGACGUACAAGUUCAUUGAGCAAAAGGCUGCUGGCAUCGAUAUUAAUGAGCCGUACCAGUACUCAGACAUGUUUGAGAAGUUCGGCAAACGCUACUCUGUGGACUUUGCCAUCUCCAAGUAUGAUGGCGUGACUGUUUUCCAGGUUGGUCGCGCCAUUUACGAACAAAUUGCAGGAAAGAAUGAGGCGCUGAACAGUGUUAUGGGAAGCACAACGACACGCGAGUCCUUCGAUACGAUAAAGUGCAACUUUAUGCACCAGCGUAUCGUCUCGAGCAUGAAGUGGGAGGGCGAAGAUGCGGACAAGAUGCCUGACAUGGAGUCGAACGCUAUAUUCUACUGUCGGUUUGGUGACAACUCGGCUGUCUUAGCAACAGAUUAUAUUGACCAAGACGACCUGCACCCGUAUGACACAUCAAACUGCAUCCGCAAGGACGUAUCAAGCGGCGUGGUGCUGUCGGGUCACACAGAUGCCGAUGGUAACAAGUUCGUGGUGAUGAAGCGCUAUUUGAUGGCCAAGUACCACAUGUAUCCGCACAAUGUGUCUCAGAAGCAGCAAGAUCGGUAUUUCGCGAGCAUGCCGAAGUGCCAGGAUAGCAUGAAGACGCUGAUCGUGGACAGUCUCCAGCGCGACGGACCUUGCUGUCCGUGCUAUGCCAAGGAUUGA